UAUGUUCGCCGCGGUGGAGCAGGGCCCUGUGCUGUGCAGCGACUCCAGCAUCCUCUGUCUGUCCUGGAAGGGCCGGGUGCCCAAGAGCGAGAAGGAGAAGCCCGUGUGCCGGAGGCGCUACUACGAGGAGGGCUGGCUGGCCACGGGCAACGGGCGGGGCGUGGUGGGGGUCACCUUCACCUCCAGCCACUGCCGCAGGGACAGGAACACACCGCAGAGGAUCAACUUCAACCUGCGCGGACACAACAGUGAGGUGGUGCUGGUGAGGUGGAACGAGCCCUACCAGAAGCUGGCCACGUGUGACGCGGACGGGGGGAUAUUUGUGUGGAUCCAGUACGAAGGCAGGUGGUCCGUGGAGCUGGUCAAUGACCGCGGGGCUCAGGUGAGUGACUUCACGUGGAGCCACGAUGGGACCCAAGCACUCAUUUCCUACCGAGAUGGCUUCGUCCUGGUCGGCUCCGUCAGUGGGCAGCGGCACUGGUCGUCCGAGAUCAACUUGGAGAGUCAGAUUACCUGUGGCAUAUGGACUCCUGAUGACCAGCAGGUGCUGUUUGGCACGGCCGAUGGCCAGGUCAUCGUCAUGGACUGCCACGGCCGCAUGCUGGCACACGUCCUGCUGCACGAGUUCGAAGGCAUCCUCAGCAUGUCCUGGAACUAUCCCAUCUUCCUGGUGGAGGACAGCAGCGAGAGCGACACGGACUCGGACGACUACUCCCCACCCCAAGACGGCCCCGCGGCGUACCCCAUCCCGGUGCAGAACAUCAAGCCCCUACUCACCGUCAGCUUCACCUCGGGAGACAUCACCCUGAUGAGCAGCUACGACGACUUGUCCCCGACUGUCAUCUACACGGGGCUGAAAGAUGUGGUGGCACAGUGGUGCACACAGGGGGACUUGCUGGCGGUGGCCGGGAUGCUCCGACAGAACCCCCUGGAAGAACUCCUCAGUGGCCCGCAGAAGAACGCACUGGUCAAGUUCUACAACGCGCAUGGGGAGCACAUCUUCACGCUGGAGACGCUGGUGCAGCGCCCCAUCACUUCCAUCUGCUGGGGCCACCGAGAUUCGCGGCUGCUCAUGGCCUCGGGGCCGUCCCUGUACGUGGUACGUGUGGAGCACCGGGUGUCCAGCCUGCAGCUUCUGUGCCAGCAGGCCAUUGCCAGCGCCCUGCGGGAGGACAAGGACGUCAGCAAGCUGAGCCUGCCCCCUCGCCUGUGCUCCUACCUCUCCACAGCCUUCAUCCCCACCAUCAAGCCCCCCAUCCCAGACCCCAACAACAUGCGGGAUUUCGUCAGCUACCCCUCAGCCGGCAACGAGCGUCUGCACUGCACCAUGAGACGCGCAGAGGACGACCCCGAGGUGGGCGGCCCCUGCUACAUGCUCUACCUGGAGUACCUGGGCGGGCUGGUGCCCAUCCUCAAGGGCCGGCGUGUCAGCAAGCUGCGGCCCGAGUUCGUCAUCAUGGACCCACGCACCGACGGCCGACCAGAUGAGUCCUACGGGAACAGUGUGUUUCCCGCCGUGAUCGACAGCUGCAACUGCUCCGACUCCAGCGACAUCGAGCUGAGUGACGACUGGGCUUCCAGGAGGUCGCCCCGCAUCGCCAGGACGAGCAAAUCGCCCAAGCUCCCCAGGAUCAACAUCGAGGCCCGCAAGUCCCCCAAGCUGACCCGAGUGUCUCAGGAGGUCUCCCGGUCUCCCCGCCUGCCCACACGCAAGGCUUCCAUCGGCUCGCCCAGCCUGGCGAGGAGGGAGUUUCCCUUCGAGGACAUCAAUCAGCACAACUACCUUGCUCAGGUCACGUCUAACAUCUGGGGAACCAAAUUCAAGAUCGUGGGCUUGGCACCUUUCCUGCCUACCAACCUCGGUGCAGUCAUCUACAAAACCAGCCUGCUGCACCUGCAGCCACGGCAGAUGACCAUCUAUCUCCCAGAGGUCCGGAAGAUCUCCAUGGACUACAUAAACCUGCCCGUCUUCAACCCCAAUGUUUUCAGUGAGGACGAAGAUGACUUACCAGUGACUGGAGCAUCAGGAGUCCCUGAGAGCAACCCUCCCUGCACCGUGAAUAUCCCCAUCGCCCCCAUCCACAGCUCGGCCCAGGCCAUGUCCCCGACUCAGAGCAUCGGACUGGUGCAGUCCCUGCUGGCCAACCAGAAUGUGCAACUGGACGUGCUGACCAACCAAACCACAGCCCCGGGGCCCGCCGAGCACCCUGGCGACACGCCUGCCCCGUACCCAGCCCCCAACCGCUACCCCAACCCCGGGCAGGUGAUCUUCGGGGGUGUAGAGACGGGGCGCAUGGUCCAGAACCCACCUCCACCCCCGCUGACCCUGCCACCACCCCCGCCCGGGCCCCUGCCACUGUCACUGAUGGACCACGGGGACCGUGACCAUGAGCACCUGCAGAAGCCCCCCAAGACCCUGCGGCCGGUGCCCCCAAUGACCACAGAGGGGGAGGCAGCAGUCUUCAGUGGCCCCCAGGAGCUCCCCGUGAGUAAGAUGAACCCCCCGCCCCCCUACCCGGGCACCAUCCCAGCUGCCCCCACCACAGCCGCCCCACCGCCCCCGCUGCCACCCCCGCAGCCGCCCAUCGACGUGUGCCUCAAGAAGGGAGACUUCUCUCUCUACCCGACGGCCGCCCACUACCAGACCCCCCUGGGCUACGAGCGCAUCACCACCUUCGACAGCAGCGGCAACGUGGAGGAGGUGUGCCGGCCCCGCUCGCGGCUGCUCUGUGCCCAGAACACCUACACGCUCCCCGGGCCGGGCAGCUCGGCCACGCUGCGCCUCACGGCCACCGAGAAGAAGGUCCCGCAGCCCUGCACCAGCGCCACCCUGAACCGGCUGACCGCCCCACGCUACUCCAUCCCCCCGGGGGACCCACCGCCAUACCCCGAAAUCGCCAGCCAGCUGGCCCGGGGCUCGGCCCAGAGGCCGGACAGCAGCCUCAUCCACGCCACGCUGCGCAGGAACAACCGCGAGGCUGCCCUCAAGAUGGUCCAGCUGGCCGACCACCAGCGGGCCACGCUGCAGCACCCACCCAAGGCCAAGGGCAGUGCCAUGGCACCCCCGUUCCCCACUCGGCCCCCACCGGCCCUCUACACCUGCAUGCAGUGCAGUGGGGGCGGCCCCGGCGGGGGCACAGGGCCGGGGGGUGCCCCGGGCCCAGCCCUGAUGCACUCAGCCAGCACGUCCCCCCUGACGUCACAGUCCUCCUACAACCUCCUGAGCCCCCAAGACAGCGCCCGGGACCGCACGGACUACGUCAACUCGGCCUUCACGGAGGACGAGGCGCUGGCCCCACACUGUCUGGCCGAGAGGCCGCUGCGGCACCCCCCGCUGGCCGACUCUGCUGUCGCCACGGUGAAGCGGCCACCCCCUUACCAGUGGGACCCUGUGCUGGGCGAAGACGUGUGGGUCCCCCAGGAAAGGACAGCCCAGGCUCCGGUGCCCAACCCCCUGAAGCUGUCCCCACUGCUGAUGGGCCAGCGCCAGCACCUGGACGUGUCCCGUGGGCCCUUCAUUCCCCCCAAGUCACCAGUCAGCCCCACUGCCACCUUCCAGACAGGCUACAGUGUGGGGGUGCCCUAUGCUGGGGGCUACAGCAACCCCCCAAUGCAGGGGCUGCCCGCACCCUGCUCCCCCAAGGACGCCCUGGCCCCACCCCCGUUCCCCCAGCAGGAGCCUGCCUACCCGCCUAGCCUCUCCUACUGCGCCCUUCCACCCACCUACCCUGGAGGCAGUGCCUGCACCGGCUUGCAGCUGCCACCCCUCGCCUUGCACCCCUGGAACGCAUACGGCACGUGCCCCCCGGUGCCGAACCCUCCAGGCACACUGCCCCCCAAGCCACACCUGGUGGUGGAGAAGCCCCUGGUGUCAUCUCCGCCUGCUGACCUGCAGAGCCACGUGGGCACCGAGGUGGUGGAGACGGCCGACACCUUCCAGGAGGUGCUGUCCCUGACGGAGAGCCCCGUCCCCCAGCGCACCGAGAAGUUUGGGAAGAAGAGCCGGAAGCGCCUGGACAGCCGGGCCGAGGAGGGCAGCGUGCAGGCCAUCACCGAGGGCAAGGUGAAGAAGGAGGCCAGAGCGCUGAGCGACUUCAACUCCCUCAUCGCCAGCCCGCGCCUGGGCCGUGAGAAGAAGAAGGUCAAGGGCCAGAAGGACCAGCUCAAGUCCAAGAAGCUCAGCAAGACCGCCGAGUUCCAGGACAGCUCGGAGAGCGAGCCCGAGCUGUUCAUCAGCGGCGACGAACUCAUGAACCAGGGCGCCAAGAAGGGCUGGCAGAGCAAGCGCAGCUCCCGCACGGCCGGCGAGCUGGAGGGCUUCAAGUGCCGCAAGGCCAGCGAGCGGGACGAGGGCCGCCUGGGUAGCCAGGGCUUCGUCUAUGUCAUGGCCAACAAGCAGCCGCUCUGGAACGAGGCCACGCAAGUGUACCAGCUGGACUUCGGGGGCCGCGUGACCCAGGAGUCGGCCAAGAACUUCCAGAUCGAGCUGGAGGGGCGGCAGGUGAUGCAGUUCGGCAGGAUUGAUGGGAACGCCUACAUCCUGGACUUCCAGUACCCCUUCUCAGCUGUGCAGGCCUUUGCAGUCGCCCUGGCCAAUGUGACUCAGCGCCUCAAGUGA